AUGUAGAGGCUUCUAAAACCUAUUAAGAUAUAACAACCUGUCUUAUAAAGGAUGGAAAGUGCAAAAUCGGAUUGUUCGGCUGAUGAAGAUCUUAGUUUUAUAGAAACUUUAAGGGCGGACGCUCAAAACCCAAUGAUAAAAAACUUCUCACAGGAAGACUCUCUUGUAGAUGACACAAAGGAUUUGGAAGAAUUCCUUAAUUCUCUUGAUUGA